AUGAACGGUGUGAUUUGGAACAAAAUGCAAAAAACUUUUGUGCCAAUUUCCAGCGUGCCGACUUAUGCGAUGAUGCAACAAGAACGCUUCAGACAAAGUCGAGCACUCGAGAUCCACAAUUUUCAACUACAAAACUUUACUUUAACAUCUUUUCAGGAGCCGUAUUUUCUUUAUUUUUACAAUAACAAUACGAAAGUUACGGGACUCUGUGGGGAAAUAUGGAAUCUACUUUCGGAAUCGUUAAACUUUACAUUACAGCCAGUGAAAGCAAAUAUAAAUGGUUUAGGCUAUAUUCCCGAGUAUCUCAAUGGAAAGUCAAAAAUAUUAGAAGUAUCGUUAGGAUUAUUUUGUUCUAUAAUAUGUACGUCAUUUGGUGCUGUGUUAUUUAUGUUUUUAUCGAAAAGUGGUUUUGUACCACCAUUUGAUAAAUUUGAAUCUUUGGUGUAUAAUACUAAGUUCAGCGUUGUCACUUUGAAAGAUUCGAUAGGAGAAACCUUGUUCAAGGUACUUACGACAGAUUCAAUAGUACGAGCAAAAAAGUCAAAUCGCUUAAUCAUAGUACCAACACUUCAAGAAAUGCAUAAAAAGAUAUGCUCCUUGCCAGAAAAAUAUGCCAUGUUUCAAAACGAAGAAACGCAUAAAGUAAAUGGCGAGAUUAAAUGUCAUUUGAUUAACAUUGGAGAAGAAUUUAUUAGAACAUGGGUAACUUCCGGCAUCGUAAGGAAUUUUAAAUACAAAAGAACCAUCGAUGUUGGGAUACUUAAAUUAAUAGAAGUUGGACUAUUGAGCGCAUUGAAAGAUCGUUGGAUGGAAAAUAAAUUUAAACAAUAUGAAGACAACCAGAAACCGAAACCAAUUGAAUUACAUCAAGUUUCUUUAAUAAUUAUGAUGCUGUGCUGUGGUGCGAUUAUGGCACUUGUUAUUUUUAUAAUUGAAAAAAUUGUAUUUGCUUAUAAAGUAAAGCAAUUGUAA